UGGGGAAUUUUGUAUUGCUGCUGUAAAUACCCUCACGCAUACAAAAGUAGCACCUUUCACAUCACCACAGCAGCUGGUUAGCAGAACCUUGAAUGUGAUUUUUACUCUAUGUUUGAAAACAUUGAACAGUACUUAUAAAAAAUAAUAAUGUGGAUGAAUGAAGUCUGUCUAUGAUGGCUUUCAAAGUUCAAAGUAAAUUUGUUAUCGAAGUACAUAUAUGUCACCACAUACACAUUGAGAUUAAUUUUCUUGUGGACAUCAGUAAAUACAAGAAACAUGAUAGAAUCAAUGAAAGACCAUGUCCAAUGUGCAAAACAAAAACAACAAACUGUGCAAAUACAGAAAGAAAGUAAAUAAAGAAUUAAGCAAUAAAGAUCGGUAACAUGAGGUGAAGAGUUCUUGAAAGUGAGUUCAGUUCAGUUGGAACUGUUCAGUGAUGGAGCGAGCGAAGUUAUCCCCUCUGGAUUGGAUAUUAUGCUCUUACUUCCUAGCUGAGAUCCACAAACCCUUUGCUUAAAGGUAUUGGUCCAUGGCAUAGAAUGGAUUGGGAACCCCUGCAAAGUCAUGGAGUCAUAGAAAAGUUCAGCAAAGAAACAGGCCCGUUGACCCAUUAGGUCAGUGCCAAACUAUUUAAACUGACUAUCCCUAAUUAAUCCCUGUCUAUCCAAAUACUCAUAUAUCUGAUUCCUUAGAAUACCUUCCAAUAACUUUCCCUCUAUUGAUAUCAGGCUCGCUGGCUAUAAUUUUCUAGUUUAUUUUUAGAGCCUUUCUUAAACAACUGAACAACAUUAGUUUUCCUCCAAUCCUUUGUUACCUCAAUUGGUGCUUGGGAUGAUUUAAAUAUCUUUGCUAGGGCCCCUCCAUUUUCUGCACGCCUCCCAUAGGAUCACACAGAACAUCUUGUCAGGCUCUGGGGAUUUAUCCACCCUAAUUUGCCCCAAGACAGCUAACAAUUCCUCCUCUAUAAUCUAUAUAGGGUCCAUGACCUCACUGGUGCUUUGCGUCGCUUCUAUAGACUCUGAGUCCAUCUCCGGAGUAAAUACCAACGCAAAAAUUCCAUUUAAGAACUCCCGCAUCUCUUUUAGCUCCAUGCAUAAAUUACCAUUCUGAUCUUCCAAAGGACCAAUUUUGUCCCUUGCAAUCCUUCUGCUCUUAAUAUUUCCAUGGAAUUCCAAAGGAGUCUUCUUCACCUUGUCUGCUAGGGCAACCUUGUGCCUUCUUUUAGCCCUCCUGAUUUCUUCCUUAGGCUAAGUCCACACUACACCAGAUAAAUCCGUAACAAAGCUAUUGCUCUUCGUUUUUACCCUCCAUCCACACUAAAACGCCAUUUUCGUCCCCCGAAAACGGAGAUUUUCAGAAACACUCUCCAGAAUGUGUAAUUUUGAAAAUGCUGGAUUGGCCGGAGCAGUGUGGACAGGGUAACCGGAGAAAUCUAAAAACACUGUCAUGACAUGCCAUAACAGAUGGUGAUGGCAGCAUGCCACUUCAUUGUUUUCCUGAACGCAACCUUACAAUUUCAGAACUGACGGCAGUGAGACUGAAGCCAGAAGAGUUAGAAAUGUACUCGCCAAAUACUUUGACCCAUAGCUUACUGAAUAAAUAAGUAUACUCACUUUGCCCUGUUUUCUGUCCUUGCUUGUAUGAAGGUGGUUUACCUAUUUAUGCAAGUACUUCUCUGACAAUAGAUGUGUAACAGCCUAAUGUAACAUUGUAUGGAAGUACAAGAUAACACUGAUGCAGACAUGUUUUAUACGUUUAACAAGGGGCUUUAUUAAUGCAAUAAAGUUCAUCAGUUUUUCAAUGUUCGUCGUCAGCCGUAUCAUACUAUCUGUGAACUCCCUGUCGGUUGCCUCCUUAUGCUCCAGUAUUUGUUUUUUUCUGGUUAUAAGUCCUCCUGUGCGAGAGCCAACAGCUGUCCGUCAUUUAAGUUUUUCUAAUCUAUAACUGGACAAACAUGUACCAAGUCUUUCACAGCAAGGUUCGACACAAACAUGUCACUUGUUUUUGGUAGAUGUGUCCUGCUCAUGCGCAGUAGGAGGAGAUUCGCCGAAAUAUCCGUUUUAAUGUGAACAGAGAUAUUUUUUUAAAUGGCUGGUGCCUAUCAUUUUUACACUAAACCGGCGUUUUCAAUAUUAUCUGGUCUAGUGUGGACGUAGCCUUAAAUGUUGUCUUACAUUCUUAUAUUCCAUAAGCACCUCAUUUGUUCCUACCUACCUAUAACUGCUAUGCAGCUCUUUUCUUUCAGAAAGAAGGCCUCAGUAUCUCUUGGAAACCAAAGUUCCCUUAACCUGUUAUCUUUAACUUUUAUUCUGACAGGCACAUACAAGCUUUGCACUCUCAAAAUUCAGGUUUUGAAGGCAUCCCAAUUGCCAAGUACACCUUUGGCAGAGAACAGCCCAUCCCAAUCCACACUUGCCAGAUCCUUUCUGAUACCACUUAUACUGGCUUUUCUCCAAUUAAGAAUCUCAUCCCAAGGACCAGGCCUAUCUAUUUCCAUCUUUACUUUGAAACUAAUGGCAUUAUGAUCAUUAGAUGCAAAGUGUCCUCUACACAAACUUCUGUCACCUGCCCUGUCUCCCUCCCUAAUGGGAGAACAAGUAUCACACACUCUCUCAUUGUGACCUCUAUGUACUGAUUAAGGAAACUCUCCUGAACACAUCGGACAAUCUCUAUCCUAUCUAGUCCUUGUACAGUAUGGAAGUCCCAAUCAAAAGGUGGAAAGUUAAAAUCACCUAAUAUAACAACAUUAUGCUUCUUGCAACAGUCUGCAUUCUCUCUACAAAUUUGUUCAUCUGAAUCCCGUAGACUGUUGCUUAUAUAUGAUAGAACCCCACUAAUUGCAUACCCUUCUUAUUCUUAUUCCCGGGUUCCACCCAGAAAGCCUCACUAGAUGAGUUCUCCAGUCUGUCCUGGCUGAGCACUGCCAUGACAUUUUCCAUGACCAGUAACACCACCACUCCCACUUUAAUCACUGCUGCUCUGACGCUUCUAAAACAACAGAGCCCUGGAGCUGCUAUUCUCUAUCUAUUUAAGAACUGUUUCUGCCUGUUAUCCUAUAUGCUUUUCCUCUCUGCAUAUAGGCUGGUCUGCUGGGUACAACCCAAUAUGCCAUAAACACAUCUGAAACAAAUAACAGCUUCACCUAAUUUCACCUGCCAUAUUCCCUCAUCUAUUGUAGAAAUUCCCUUUGUUUCACCCACAUUUCACCGAAACCUAGAUGAACUUAUUUUUCUCUUUCCUCGGGUCUGAUGAAGGGGCUCUCAUCUGAAAUGUUAAUGGUUUCUCUUUCCACAGAAGCUGUAUGACUUGCUUAAUUUUUCCAGUACAUUCCACUUUUCUAAUACUGUAUUUACCCAGUUAUUCUAAUCCUACUGGGUAAGUCCCACCAACUUACUAUUAAGAUCACCAGACAUUACCUGUCCAUGAAUCUGCCAAACUAACUUUAAAAUGUUGUAAUUGUACCCAAACCUACCACUUUCUCUGGUAGCUCAUCCACUGUGGUCUGUGUGAAAACAAUGCCUGUCUGGUCCCCUUUAAAUCUUUUCCUUCUCAUCUUAAACCCGUGCUAUUAGCUGUAGAACCCCUAUGCUGGGGGAAAGGCUGUGGCCAUCCACCUUUUCUAUGUCCUGUCAUGAUAUAAACCUCCAAAAGGUCAUCCCAUAGCCUCCUUCAAAGUUGCAUGCUUUAUCACAAAUUUGAGUCAGAUUACUGAAUAAUGUAAAUGUUGUCCAAGGCUGGUGUCAACUUCAUAUAGUCUGUGAAGUCAAAGACAAAGCAUUCUCAAAUGAGGAUGCUCAGUGGGAAGAAACCGAAUUUCUUGCAGGCAUUUAGUGUUGCUUUGGUAAUAGAUACACCAGCAGAUACACUGGCACAAAGUUUGCAGAGUCUCUCAAGAAAGGCUCAGAGUGUUAACAGAUUGACACCAGUUUCUACAACAUCUGUGGGAAACAGAAGAACUUCCUGUUGAGAAAAUGCUAUUGCAUUGAACUUUGAACUUCAUAGUAGCAGCAUGCGAUGUCAAGCUAAUGAGUGCAGUUGCAAGGAGUCUGUUGCCAUAAUUGCGAUAUUAAGGGAUAUCUGUCAUCAAUUUCCCUGAAAGCAAAAUAAAACUAUGAAAACUGAAGCAACCAACCAGUAUGAAGCUGAUUAGGAAGAACUUUGAAGACCUUGGUAUAUAUGAAAACAGUAAUGACUUGCAAAGAUCAAGAAGACUGUUUACACUAAGACAAAUUCUAAUGAAUCUUUCCAUUUAUUAGUUUAGAAGGAAAUCCAAAAAAAAAAGUACAAGUAUCCCCUUAAUGGCCCCAGAAACCAUUUUGCCAUAGGAUCACUUUAUCAUGGAUAUUCCUUUUGUCCUUUCCAUGUAUGUUGCCACUUUCUCAGCAGCUGAAAAUUGUGCUUAUUAUCUCUCUAUUGUAAUUAUGAUGAAGGACCUUUGAUCUGAAACAUUAACCCUGUUUCUUUGUCUGUAAUCCAAGAGUAUACAACAUUUUCUGUUUUUAUACCAGUUUUACAGCAUCUUUUUUCUUUCAUCUUCCUUUAAUAAGCACAUCGCAAAAUCCUUCGAUUGCCUCUUGCCAUAUAACACAGCCAUCUCCUCAAGCUCAGCCUCAGCCUAAAUCAUCCAUUCCCCUAGUUCUGGCCCCCUGUGAACACAUUCUCUUUAUAUUCCCCAGGCUGUAAUGGAACUUCAGAAUUCUUACUGUAGUAUUGUACAAAUUUAUACUUUUGUUCUAGAUGGUAUGUGACUUUCAUAAUUUGACAGUGAAUGAUCACAAUAAGUAUGAAUGGGUUGAGAGAUUAUAUUGACAAUUCUGUCACAUUAAAUAUAUUGAUUAAUGACUGAAGAGCCCUGAGAAAAGUUUUACUGUUUUGCCUUUGGAUAUGGCCACUAAUUGAGUUUUUGUACAAUUAAAGGGGGUCCAUAGUCACAUUGUUCAUAGUUCAUUUUUGUGCAUCACCAGAACACAUUUGCUUGUGUUUGUCUCAGUGACUGGUCUCGUUUGCAUAUUAUGCCUAGUUUUAUCAUAUAAACAGUUGUGUGAUAAGAUAAGGUUUUCCUAAACUCUGUUAGACAAAUUUACAUUCAUGUUUGCUGAACGGUGAAACAACGGACGUGGGUAUUCCUUGCAAUCCUAUUGUAUGCAGCUGGAUUUCCAUGAAAGUUAACCAUAAAGAAUCAAUGCUAAUUAUCUUAAAUAUGCUUUUCAUCUUAAAUCCUUGGAGAAGGAAGAAGACUCAGGAUUAAUAUAUGAACUGAUUGUGCACUUUUUUUUUCCAGGAGAGAACUCUGAGAUCAAAUAGAAUGAAGUAAAUCUUCUGACUUCAACUUCUUGAAGAGAAAUCGCAAGUGAAAUGGGUUCAAUUUUCAGGAGUGAGGAAAUGUGCUUGGUUCAACUCUUCUUUCAGACUGAAACAGCAUACUGUUCCGUUAAUGAAUUGGGAGAACUAGGACUUGUACAAUUCAGAGAUCUGAAUCCAGGGAUUGUUGCAUUCCAGAGAAAAUUUGUGAAUGAAGUCAGGCGAUGUGAAGAAAUGGAAAGAAUUCUACGCUUUUUAGAAAAAGAAAUUACAAAAGCUAAUAUCCCAAUCAUUGAAAGUGCAGAAAAUGAUAAAGCCCCUUGCCCCAGGGAUGUCAUUGAAUUGGAGACUGCUUUUGAAAGGCUAGAAAAGGAGUUGAAAGAGAUCAACACAAACCAAGAAGCUUUGAAAAAUAAUUGCCUGGAGCUGACAGAGCUAAAAUUUCUUCUUCAGAUAACUGAAGACUUCUUUGAAGAGGCGGAAUCCCAGCUGUCAGGCUCCGAGCUGCCCUCUGAAGAGUCCGUCUACGUAACAGGGUUUUCAAGGAGACAUAGCAGUACUAGCGGAGGAGGUCGUCUGAAACUGGGUUUUGUCACUGGGGUGAUCAAGCGCGAACGAUUUCCUGCUUUUGAGAGGUUACUAUGGCGGGUGUGUCAUGGCAAUAUUGUCUUACGUCAUGUACAAAUCAAUGUCCCACCGGAGGACCCAAUGGCUGAUGAUUUCAUUGGUAAAGAUGUGUUCAUCGUUUUCUUCCAAGGCGAACAGUUCAAAAACAAAGUGAAAAAAAUAUGUGAUGGGUUCCAUGCCACAGUGUAUCCUUGCCCAGAAACCCUACAUGAAAGAAUGGAAAUGAGUGUUGAUGUAAAUAUGCGAAUUGAGGACAUUAACAUGAUACUUGUCCAGACAGAGAAACACCGCAAGAACCUACUGCUCUCUGCUGCUAAGGAUAUCUACAAGUGGAAUGUUAAAGUAAAGAAGAUGAAGGCAAUUUAUUACACACUAAAUCUCUGUAACAUCGAUAUCACCCAGAAGUGUUUGAUAGCUGAAAUCUGGUGUCCUGCUACAGACCUUAAGAAAGUUCACUGCACAUUAACAAAAGAAGCGGUCCGGAACGGUUCUACUAUGCCUCCUAUUUUGAACAGAAUAGAGGCAAAACAAACCCCUCCAACGUAUAACAAGACAAACACAUUUACUGAGGGCUUUCAAAACAUUGUCGACGCAUAUGGGGUCGGAAACUAUAGAGAAGUUAAUCCAGCCCCUUAUAGCAUCAUCACAUUCCCUUUCAUUUUCGCCAUUAUGUUUGGUGACUGUGGGCAUGGACUGAUCAUGGCUAUAGCAGCUCUAGGGAUGAUCUUGUAUGAAAAACACCAGAGAAACAAAAAAAUGAAAAAUGAAAUUUUAAACAUUUUGUGUCAUGGACGUUACAUUCUUCUGCUGAUGGGCCUCUUCUCAAUCUAUACUGGCCUCAUUUAUAAUGACUGCUUCUCCAAAGCUUUUAACAUCUUUGGAUCUGCCUGGAGUGUCAAACCUAUGUUCCAACCAAAUGGACACUGGAAUAAUGAAACAUUACAAAAAUCAGCUGUACUUCAGCUGAAUCCUGCUCUGCUGGGAGUGUUUUCAGGAAAACCCUAUCCAUUUGGCAUUGAUCCAAUUUGGAACAUUGCUGUAAAUAAGUUAACAUUUCUGAAUUCCUAUAAAAUGAAAAUGUCAAUCAUCCUGGGGAUUGUUCACAUGCUUUUUGGAGUAAUUCUGAGUUUAUUGAACCACAUUUACUUUAAGGAGCUUAACAACAUUUUCCUGCAGUUCAUCCCAGAGAUUAUUUUCAUGACUGCUCUGUUUGGUUACUUGGUUUUCUUGAUAAUCUUCAAGUGGUGCCAAUUUACCGUGGCUGAGUCUGAAAUUGCUCCCAGCAUCCUCGUCCAUUUCAUCAACAUGCUAAUGUUUAACUACAGUGAUCCAACAAUUACAUCCUUCUACUGUAAGCAGAGGAGUGUGCAAACAUUCUUGGUCCUCUUGGCUCUGCUGACUGUUCCAUGGAUGCUCCUUAUAAAGCCCUACCUGCUGUACAAUGACUACCAGAGAAAAAGGCUGAAGACAGAAUGCAGUGGACCAGAAAUAAAUGGAGGAAGUAGCAAGAAUCAUUGGGAAGAAGAAAAGUUCAGCUUUGGUGAUACCUUUGUACAGCAAGGGAUCCAUACAAUUGAGUACUGCCUGGGUUGUGUGUCGAACACUGCCUCUUACCUGCGUUUAUGGGCCCUGAGCUUGGCUCAUGCUGAACUUUCUGAAGUGUUGUGGCAUAUGGUUCUACACAAUGGCUUCUCUACAAGUAAAGGCUUAAACGCAAUGGGUCUUGCAAUCACAUUUGCUGCAUUUGCUGUUCUCACCGUGGCCAUUCUACUGGUUAUGGAAGGUCUUUCUGCAUUUCUACAUGCCCUACGUCUACACUGGGUGGAAUUUCAAAACAAAUUUUACAAAGGAUCUGGUUAUAAAUUUAUACCCUUCUCUUUUACAGACAUCUGUAAAAGAUAAAUUAGCAAUGAAUGGCUUCAUUGUCUAUCAGUUAUUUCUCACAAUGUAUGCAAUUGAAAUGCUAUAACGUAUAAGAAUAUGGUUGUCCUAUAUUGUAAAAUAUAGCAAACUAUGUAUUUAGUAGUGUCAAACAUAAACAGGAGAUACCAGCAGAACUGGUACUGUAAAUGCAAGUACAGGUUAUAUUGCUCCUCAAGCUCGUCUGUAUUCCUCAACAUCACAACUGAUCCUAAACUUCAGGUUGAUUUUCCCAGCCAAUUCCCAAAUAUGUGAAUCUUUCGAGACUAACAUGGUAUCAAUCCCAGUGUAAACAUGCACAGUUGUUUGUUGCUAAGAAUUCUGAGAAAAUUAUGUACUGUAAGAAAUGCUGUUACUGCAUCUCAUUGAAAAAGCAUCAUAGUCAAGUGCUUUGAAAUGAAAAUAUUCAGAAUGGUGUUAAUUGUGAUUGUUAUAAAUGUUUCUGUCCAAUUCAGUAUACAAAUGAGUUAAUUAAAAAUGUCAGCCCUUGUGAUCAGUUUAAUGAAUUGAUAACUUCAUCUUGCAAACUGUUUUCUUUUCUUCAAGGCAUUCAUAGCAGUCACAAAACCUACUCCGUACCAGGACCUUUAUAAACACAAUGACAACUAAAGCUUUUACACACUCCACGCUUAUAGUAAUUCCAAGUGAUUUAUGUAAAAUUGUAGAAUUUUAUAAGAUGAGAAGUCAUUAAGUUCAUUCUUUCUCUGCUUGAUCUACAUUGAGGCAUUUGUUUAGUCCAAUUUUCCUGCCAUUCCCAACAUCAUUUACAUUUAUGUACCAGUGGUUACCUACUUCUAUUUUAUAGAUUCAUUUUUCACCACUCGAGAUAUUAGGGCAUUUUUACCUGGAAUAUCAAAAAGGGUGCAUCGGGGCAUUUCAGGCACUGCUGAAUGAGUGUCACAUCUUCUUAAUCUUGGUUGGCAGUCUGCAGGCAAUUGGUCGUGUUCUGCAUUUGGGUGUGGUUUAUCAGGAUAUAAAAAUAGAAGCAGGAAUGCUGCAUUUGCCACAUCAUCCCUGCUCAGCAAUUCAAUUAGAUCAUGGCAAAUCUCAUACCUCAAUGCAUCAAUCCAGUAUCAUUUGAUUACUUUUAUAUAUAAAAGUCUA